AUGCGCGCCGCUGCCGCCAGCGUUGGGGAGCGGGGCCCGGUGGGGGUCCUGGCCGGGUCGAGCCGCGUGUCCUCCCGCAGGCCGGGGCCCGGCUCUCCGGAGCGGGGCUCUGGCGGCGGUGACUCGGGGCUCUCAUGCUUGCUGCCGGCCGGGCUCAGAGGCAUGCUCCGUGCGGGGCGGCCCGAGCGGCUCCGGCACCGCGGCCGCGCUCACUGCCUGCCCGGGGGCCUGCGGGUGGGACAGGCGCAGGGGCUGCUGCCGCCGCCAUCCCACCCGCCCUGCACCGGCACCAGCGGCAGAGCCCUCCCGGAGCCGGACCCACAACCGGACCUAGAGCAGAACCCGGAGCCGGACCCACAACCGGACCUAGAGCAGAACCCGGAGCCGGACCCACAACCGGACCUAGAGCAGAACCCGGACCCGAACCCACAACCGGACCUAGAGCAGAACCCGGAGCCGGACCCACAACCGGACCUAGAGCAGAACCCGGAGCCGGACCCACAACCGGACCUAGAGCAGAACCCGGAGCUGGACCCACAACCGGACCUACAGCAGAACCCGGAGCCCAACUGGGACCCGAAGCAGGAGCCGAAACCGGAGCCAAAGCAGAACUCGAAGCCGAACCCGGGGCCGAAACCGAACUCGAAGCUGAAGCCGAAGCCGGAGCCGAAGCCGAGCUCGGACCUGAGACCGGACCCGAACCCGGACCCGACCCCCCCGUCCCCCCCCCCCGUUACCUGUGGGGCAGGCGGCGGGGCCCGAGCCACCAUCGCGGCCGCAGCCGCCGGGAGGGGGCGGGGCGCGGCGGGGGCGGCCGGAGCCGCGGGCGUCAGUUUCGGUAGUUGCCAUGGGAACGGUGAGCGGGGGGCGGGGCCCUCGGCGGCACCGGAGCCUCCCCCCGAGCACCGGCACCCCCGGGCAGACCCCUCCCCCCCACCAGAGCCGGCACCGGAAGCGCCGGGACCCACCGAACCCCCCCCGGGGCUGCCCGAGAGCCUGCGGGGACCCUCCCGUCGAGGGCAUCCCACGGAGCUGCCGGUGCCGUUACCCAGUUGGGACCCAGCCCCAGUGCUGCCGUUACCCGGUUGGGACUCAGCCCCGGUGAUGCCGUUACCCGACUGA